AUGUCGCAAGACAAUCCAAGCGAAGUCUCAUGUGGCGACGAGGCUAUUGAAGAGGCCAACAUUAAUUAUAUAAGAGAGUCACCGGAAACUGCGACAGUAGAGUAUUACCCAAGUCAAUCAAAGCACAAUCAUGGCUGGCGCCAUCUUGUGCGAAAUUUCACGCCCGCUUGGUUUUCGGUCAAUAUGGGCACCGGGAUUACUUCUAUUCUGCUCCAUACUCUGCCCUAUAAUGGCAGAUGGCUAUAUUGGAUAUCAGUGGUGAUAUUCUGUUUGAAUGUGCUGCUUUUUGCCGUCUUCCUCGCCAUCACUAUCUUGCGGUAUAUUCUCUACCCAAAAGCCUUCUACCUCAUGAUUACCCAUCCUGCGCAAUCCCUUUUUAUUGGGACUUUCCCUAUGGGAUUUGCCACAAUUGUCAAUAUGGUUUGCUAUGUCUGCGUGCCAGCCUGGGGAAACUGGGCUGCUUACUUUGCCUGGGGUCUGUGGAUUGCAGAUUCUGUUAUAUCUCUUAUGACGUGCUUCGGUAUACCAUUUAUUGUAAUGACUCGAUCGGCGCACGUCGAACUACAGGAGAUGGGCGCCGCUUGGUUACUCCCCAUCGUGUCUUGCGUCGUUGCGGCGGCGUCGGGGGGUAUCGUGGCUGAUAUACUCCCAAAUCCUCAGCAUGCUCUAGGGACUAUCAUCGCUAGCUAUUUUCUAUGGGGUGUUGGAGUACCUCUGGCAAUGAUGAUCAUUGUUAUUUACUUGAUGCGUCUUCUGUUUUGCAAACUACCACCCAAAGCAGUGAUUGUCAGCACGUUCUUGCCUCUUGGACCUCUUGGUCAAGGUGGCUACGGAAUUCAAAAGUUGGGGAUCGCUGUGAAAAGAAUCUUCCCGCUUACAGGGACGUUAAGUCCCGGAUCAGGUGAUACUUUCUAUGACCUCGGCUUCCUCGUGGCUCUUCUCAUGUGGUCAUUCGGUUGUCUAUGGUUGUUCUUUGCAGUGGCAACCAUUCUUCGGUCGAGAAAAUUUCCAUUCAACCUCGGAUGGUGGGCAUUCACCUUCCCGCUCGGCGUCUUUACAAACUGCACCAACCAACUUGGCCAAGAAAUGCCCUCCAGGUUCUUCAGGGUCCUGGCAACCAUACUGGCUGUUAGUGUUGUAUUAUUAUGGAUCGUGGUCUCUGUUUUCACCAUAAAGGGGGCUUUUGAUCGCAGUCUAUUCGUGGCACCCUGUCUGGCCGACUUCCAGGAGUAUGAGCCUAAGAAGUUCCAGAAAGAGAAGCAAUGA